AUGGAUAAUCGCACAGAGGAAGAUGUUUUCAUCUUGAAUGCUUUUUCUGACCAAGGCAGAUUGCGCAUUCUACUUUUUUUAAUAUUCCUUAUCAUUUACCUUGCAACAGUUGUUGGAAACAUAUUAAUCAUCCUCCUCAGUAAAUUGGAUUGUAACCUGCACACGCCCAUGUAUUUUUUUCUCAGCAACCUCUCCUUUAUGGAUAUUUGCUAUACAAAUACUACUAUACCCAAAAUGCUGCUCAUAAUUCUGCUUAAACAUUCAGCCAUAUCUCCAGCAGCAUGUGCAGCCCAGUUGUUCUGUUUUCUGUCCUUGGCAGCCUCAGAAUCAUCCUUACUUGCUUUUAUGGCCUAUGACCGAUAUGUAGCAAUUUGUAACCCACUGAGAUAUACCUCCAUAAUGAACAAAGCUGUCUGUCUUCAGAUGGCAGCUGGGACAUGGAUCAUUGGAUGCAUCUAUGGAGCCAUUCACACUGUUACUACUUUUAGACUACAUUUCUGUGGCUCUAAAGUUCUCGAUCAUUAUUUCUGUGAUAUCCCUCCCUUGUUAAAGAUUUCAUGCAAUGAUACAUUUUUUGUUGAGGCGACUGUUUUUGUGCCCCUACUCAUUACUGGUCAAGAGGUCAAUCCACACACCAACAUGCCUGGUGAAAACUAG